AUGUUCUCCGUCUUCCGCCGCCGCGUCUCCUCCGCCCUCGCUCCCCGCAAGGUCUCAACGUACGGCCCCUCCGCCACCGCCGGCCGUGUACCCGCGGCGUCGCGCCCGGUCCACCGACAGUUCGCGACGCUGCUCACGAGCACGGGCUCGGGAAAUGCGCUCCGGGCGCGCUCGCGGGCAGUCGGGGCCCCGGGGAUGCGCCGUGUGCACGUCCGCGCGCUGAGCUACUCGUCGAUACCGCGCUUCAUGCUCCGCGCGUUCCGCGUGCCCGCCGCGACCGUGACGGUCGGUGCUGGCGGGUUCACGUACGCGAAUUACAAGUUUGAGGAGUUCAAGAAGAAAUCCAAUGAAGUUUUCUCCACGGUUCAAGACACUAUCACCGAUGCUUUCGACACCGCGUCCGGCGCGAUGAGGACAGUGUCUGACAAGCUUUCAGAAGUGAAGCUGCCGUCUCUUGAUACUCCUCAGUUCUUCAAGGACAUGUUCUCGUCCGACGGCAAGGAACACCAUGAUGGAGACUCGGAGGGGGGUAGCAAUAAGAAGCGACCGCCGAGCCAGGACGACGCGACAGCUCUAGCGGCCAUCAUGGCGGCGACCUCACUCUCGGCUUCGGAUUCCAACGCAGGCGAUUCCGGUGGAGAUUCGCAGCAGAAUGGCUUAAUGCACCUUACCCGGAAGCUCAUCGAAAUCCGGACGAUGCUCAUUAGCAUCGACCAGAGUGAUGCGCUAAAGCUACCGAGCAUCGUCGUCAUUGGGAGCCAGAGCUCAGGAAAGAGUUCUGUUCUGGAGGCAAUAGUUGGCCAUGAGUUCUUGCCCAAAGGGAACAAUAUGGUCACCCGGCGACCAAUCGAGCUCACGCUCGUGCACACUCCGGCGACGAGUGGCAAUGCACAAGAAUACGGCGAAUUCCCCGCUCUCGGUCUCGGGAAGAUUACUGACUUUUCGGUCAUUCAACGCACCCUCACCGACCUCAACCUCGCCGUCCCCGCCUCAGAAUGUGUCUCGAACGAGCCCAUCGACCUCCGCAUUUACAGCCCUAACGUCCCCGACCUCACCCUCAUCGACCUCCCCGGUUACAUCCAGAUUACCUCCAUGGACCAACCCGAAACUCUGAAGGACAAGAUUGCCGGCUUGUGCGAGAAAUACAUCCGCGAGCCUAACAUCGUUCUGGCCGUCUGCGCUGCAGAUGUCGAUCUCGCCAACUCUCCCGCUCUUCGCGCAAGCCGGAUGGUUGAUCCCCUAGGCCUCCGAACUAUAGGUGUCAUCACGAAGAUGGACCUGGUACCCGCCGAACAGGGAGCCACCAUCCUCAGUGGCAACCGGUAUCCUCUCCACCUCGGAUACAUUGGUGUCGUAUGCAAGUCCGGCAAGAGGGGCAGCAGCAAAGAUACACUGACUACAGUAGCAAGGCGCGCGGAGAACGAGUACUUUGGCAGUCACCGCGACAUUUUCGGCUCAACGUCGAAGCUCAUGGUCGGCACCGAUACCCUCCGCCGUCGGCUGAUGGAAGUCCUAGAGUCGUCCAUGGCCUCAUCGCUCCACGGGAUCACGAACGCCGUCCAGCUCGAGCUGGAGGAAGCGCAGUACCAGUUCAAAGUGCAGUACAACGACCGGCGGAUCUCGGCUGAGUCGUACGUCGCCGAAACGAUGGACCUUCUCAAGGGCCGCUUCAAGGAGUGCACCUCGCAGUUCCGCAAGCCGCAGGUGCGCGCGAAGCUCAAGGCCAUGCUCGAGGAGCGUGUCAUGGACGUCCUCGAGCAGCUCUACUGGACCGACAAACGCGCCCCCGAGCUCACCCAGCUCGGUGCGGACUCGCGUGUCACCCCAGAGACGAUCGAGCCGUACUGGCGCUACAAGCUCGACGCGGCCUCAUCGCUGCUCACCAAGUCGGGCGUCGGGCGCGACUCGACGCUGCUCGUCGCGGACGGCCUUCGCGCGUUGAUCGACUCGAUCGCGCAGGGCGAGCCGUUCACGUUCCACCCCCGGGCGGCGGAGCGACUCGUGGAGUUCUCACACGCGAUUCUCCGCGAGCGCGUGGGCGUGACGUCGGACCAGGUGGAGAACUGCAUCAAGCCGUACAAGUUCGAGAUCGAAGUCGAGCCGCGAGAGUGGGAGCAGGGCCGGGCGUCGGCGGUCACGCUGUUCGAGGGCGAGAUGCGCCAGGCAGAAGAGAAGCUGCGCGAGAUCCGGACGCGCGUCGGCGGGAGCAGGCGGUUGAACAACCUGAUGACCUACGUACGCGACGUGGAAGAGAAGGAGAAGGAGCGUAAGCGGCUGCGGCUGCAGGGCGGUGAAGAGGGCGAGGCUGUGGCUAACGACAUCCCGGACGACUACAGGUACCCCCCUGCGCAAGUUCUCGACGCCCGGCAUGCGAUGCUGUAUAACGAUCGGAUCGGGAUCCUCAAACUCCGGUUGGCUGCAUUGAAGUCGAAGAGAUGCAAAGCAGGACAGGAAAACGACGUGCUCUGCCCUGAGGCGUUCCUGAACGUCGUGGCUGACAAGCUUGCGUACACCUCGGCAAUGUUCAUCAACAUCGAGCUGCUCGACCACUUCUUCUACCAGUUCCCUCGCGAAAUCGACUCGCGACUGCUUUACGAUCUCGACCGGAAAGAGAUGGUGGAGUUUGCGCGCGAGAACCCAGUCAUAAGGCGGCACCUUGACCUUCAGGAGCGCAAGGACAAGCUGGAGGAGGUUAUGAAGCAGCUCAACAGCUUGGCUACGCUUCGGCCGGACGUGCAGCCCCAGCCCAGAAGACAACGCGGGCUGUUCGGUGGGGUCUUCUAA